GGGCGGGCCCGCGGGCUGUGGGUGUGCGAGCGCGGGGGACCUGGCGGUGAGGACGCCUGGCGCUGGGAUGCGGGAGUGGACGCCGGAGCCUGAGAGCGGCUGGACACUCGCGCGCUAGCGGGGCCGGCCGGCGAGGGGUGCCAGGCGGCGACAGGUUUCUCCGUGCGGGUGCGCGAUGCAGCGAGCGGCGGCGUUGGUCCGGCGGGGCUGCUGCCCCCGGACCCCGCGCCCCUGGGGCCGAUGUCUGAGCAGCGCGGCCGCCGAGGCCCCGGCGGUGCUCCAAGUGCGGCCCGAGCGGAGCCGGCGCGAGCGCAUCCUGACGCUCGAGUCCAUGAACCCGCGGGUGAAGGCGGUGGAGUACGCGGUGCGGGGACCCAUCGUGCUCAAGGCGGGCGAAAUCGAGCUGGAGCUGCAGAAGGGCAUCAAAAAGCCGUUCACUGAGGUCAUCCGUGCCAACAUCGGGGACGCCCAGGCCAUGGGCCAGCAGCCAAUCACCUUCCUCCGCCAGGUGAUGGCGCUGUGCACCUACCCAAACCUGUUGGACAGCCCCAGCUUCCCGGAAGACGCCAAGAAGCGAGCCCGGCGGAUCCUGCAGGCCUGCGGCGGCAACAGCCUGGGGUCUUACAGCGCCAGCCAGGGCGUUAACUGCAUCCGCGAGGACGUGGCCGCCUACAUCACCCGGCGGGACGGCGUGCCUGCGGACCCCGACAACAUCUACCUGACCACCGGCGCCAGCGACGGCAUCACCACGAUCCUGAAGAUCCUGGUUUCCGGGGGCGGCAAGUCGCGGACGGGGGUGAUGAUCCCCAUCCCGCAGUACCCCCUCUACUCGGCCGUCCUCUCCGAGCUGGGCGCCGUGCAGGUCAACUACUACCUGGACGAGGACAACUGCUGGGCCCUGAACGUGCAGGAGCUGCGGCGGGCCGUGCGGGAGGCCAAGGAGCACUGCGACCCCAAGGUGCUGUGCAUCAUCAACCCCGGGAACCCCACAGGCCAGGUGCAGAGCAGGAAGUGCAUAGAGGACGUGAUCCGCUUCGCGUGGGAGGAGAAGCUCUUCCUCCUGGCGGACGAGGUGUACCAGGACAACGUGUACUCCGCGGACUGCAGGUUCCACUCCUUCAAGAAGGUGCUGUCGGAGAUGGGGCCCGAGUUCUCCAGCAACGUGGAGCUCGCCUCCUUCCACUCCACCUCCAAGGGCUACAUGGGCGAGUGUGGCUACCGGGGAGGCUACAUGGAGGUGAUCAACCUGCACCCCGAGAUCAAAGGCCAGCUGGUGAAGCUGCUGUCGGUGCGCCUGUGCCCGCCCGUGUCGGGGCAGGCCGCCAUGGACAUCAUGGUGAACCCCCCGGUGCCCGGGGAGGAGUCCUUCGAGCAGUUCCUCAGGGAGAAGGAGUCCGUCCUGAGUAACCUGGCCGAGAAAGCGAAGCUGACAGAAGACCUGUUCAACCAGGUCCCGGGGAUCCGCUGCAACCCCCUGCAGGGCGCCAUGUACGCCUUCCCCCGGAUCGUCCUGCCCUCCAGAGCCGUGGAGGCUGCGCAGGCCCACAACAUGGCCCCCGACAUGUUCUACUGCAUGAAGCUCCUGGAGGAGACGGGCGUCUGCGUGGUGCCCGGCAGUGGCUUCGGGCAGCGGGAAGGCACCUACCACUUCAGGAUGACCAUCCUCCCUCCCGUGGAGAAGCUGAAGACGGUGCUGCAGAGGGUGAAGGACUUCCACAUCCAGUUCCUCGGGGAGUUCGCCUGAGGCCCCGGGCUGCCUCCUCGACGCCCCCACUGAACCCCUCCCAGUGACCUGCCUCAGGCCCCGCCAGGGCCACCAGUCGCUGACACCGCUGUCCUGCCCCAGAGGCCUCCUUCUUUGUGCCUUGAUGUGGGGAGCACGUCUCUCCCGAGCCGAUGUGAAUGGGGAUGUCCCAGAAACCCUGUUUCUCUUCUUGUUUUUUGAUGCAACCAAAGUCGAGGGGAUGUGGCCCGCCCGUGGGGGGCGCGUCUGGACCUGCUGCCGCUGCUCCCGGGGCUCAUCGGGGUGCGAGGCUGCUCCGAGGAACAAGAGGCUGGAAGUGCAGGGCUGAACCCCGGGGAGGACUGGACAUCCCAACCGCCACGUGAUCUGUGAAAUAAAACCCUUGGUGCAGAACCCAGCCCCCAGCGGGGGCCCGGAGUCCACUGCAGGCUCAGCGGGGCGCCCCCUUCUGGCCGGAGGCAGACAGUGCGUCUCAGUGCAGGGGUGCAGGGGUCGCGGGGAUGCCGGUGGGUGGUGGUGGGUACUGUUUUCCUUGUGUCCUGCAGGGGAUGAGUGAGUGGGUGUGAGCCAGGUGACCAGGCUCCCAGGGAGCAAGGGCUCCGUGCACCCACGAGGCUUUGGGGGUGACGGGUUGGCUGGGACCUGGGACGGGGGAACAGCCCAGCGCUACCCCGCUAUCCCAGUCGUGUGUGGGGAGUCGGCCUCCUGGUGAGGGGAUCCAUCCUGCUUUUCCCCAACAAUGGUUCUCUCCCAGGGCCCGGUUGAGCCUUGGCACACACUGCCCUCUGCUGGCGAGAGCAGGAACAGUGAGACAGUGGCCCAGUCCUGGUGCCCGAGCCUCCUCCAGCACUGGCCAGUCACCCCGUCUCCAAGGCGUCCGCUGAGCCCUUGCAAACUGCGUUUGGCCCACUUCCUGCCCAUGAACUGGCCGACGCGCCUGCCGUGCGGUCGAUCUGAAGUGCGUAAAAGUGCUUCACUUCCCGCAGUGUUUGCCAGCCAGGGGGCCGCAGCACCUGUCACCUCCCCAGGCUGGGGGUGGGGCACCCCCCUCUUGCCGGAGCCUCCCUGGCUUAGCACACCUGGCUGGGGCAGGCGUGCCCCCUCCCACCCCGCCUCCCCAGGGGGCAGGGAGCGAGCCGAGGCCAGCACAGGAGUCUGGGGACCCAGCACGUCCCCAGGGGAAAAGGAAGCAGCUGGAUUGAGAAUCUGAGCCUGGAAAGCAGCCCCGGGGGCUCGUUUCCAGGGCGAACUCCCUGCGGCCCCGAGAAAAAGGCAGCCACAGCCUCGAGGAACAGGGUCUCUGGGAAGGCGGCUUUCCUUAAAAAGCUCCACGUUGCCGGGGCUCUGGCAUGGUCCGGAACCAGGAUGAGCAGAGGCGGGUCUAUUUUUUAUAUUUUUGUAACAACUGCUUUUUUCAGGGGCGGAGGGAGGGCUGGUAUUUGUAGUCUUCACAAGCCCAGUAGUUUUUUUAUAUAUAUAUCUCUUCGGAUUCUAAGUAACCCCUGACGUCUUUGCAAUGUUUACAUGGUUUUUAACGAUGCCGCCACAUACACUUGGUUUGCCUGUAAACAGUGAAUGCAGGCCUAGCAAGGGGCACGGGGUGGGAGCGCCGGUCACGGUCACGCGCGAUCUCGUCUCCUAGCUUCCAUCCUGGUGUCUGGUUUGGGCGCCACCAGAGAGAGACAUUGGCCAUUUGGGGCCACACUGUAAAUCCACACCCGUGAGGUUUUCUGUCCAUUUAGACCCGCAGGUCGGGGGUCUGGGGGCCAGGCUGCGCGUCCCCAGGUAUGGAUUUGCGGGAGGGGCGACAGGCCUGUCUGCCCCCGUUCCAGUCUGAAUUCUCACAGGCGUCUCCUGAGCAAGGCACUGAGGACGAGAGCUCUGCUGGGAAUUUCAAAAUAAAACACUUUGUGUCAAAAACGG